UUCACCACGGUCUCGUUAGACUCACAUCAUUUCACAACUUGCCUUAUUUGCCUUAAUAUUGACUUCGUUCGUGAUUCGUGUGUUGUGUUGACCCCAGGCAGAAUCAUGUCAAAGGAGGAUAGUUUCGGUUUCACGCAUUUGGUGGAAGAAGAUGACGAUGAUGAGGCAGCUCCCAUCGGAAACGGAAAUCUUCAAGUUGACCUCCAGCCUCAUCUGGGAGGACCUCCGUCGUACGAUACCGCCACCCGGGUGACUCCGUCAGACCACGGUGGCUUCGACAACCCGGCCCUUCAGAUAGACGAUGGUGAUUGUGGCUUGUCAGAGAGGACACUUGGCCCCAACGUUUCACGUCCUCGUGGUUCAUCGCAGACGCAGCAAACAGCUGAUCCCUCUGCUUCCAACGGACAGAGUAACCCCACACACUCUACUGCGGCUGCAAAUACGAACAAUAACGAAGGAUCCGUGAAUCUCUCCAGCAUUCAAGUGCAGUACGACAGUUCUCAAGGGAAAGUGAACGUGAUGCAGAGUCAAGUGUCCACGCGGCCUGACGGUACCCGGUACAUCGACACUCAGGGAAUUCCUCAGAGGUGGUCAGAAUUGCAGCGGCCCCUUCGCCAGCGCAGAAUCAAAUAUCUGAAAAUUUUUUCCAUCAUCUCUUGCAUAUUUUUCUUCCCUUCAGGAAUUCCUGCUAUUUACUAUGCCUUCAGGACGGAGAGGGAAUUUAACGAGGGGAUAAUGCGAGGCAAUAUUGACAGAGCUCAGAAAUUUGCCAAGAGAAGCGAGAGUUUGAUAAUCCUGUCCCUGGUUAUGUCUGUUGUGGUCGCUGCUCUUGUGGUGGCAAUUAUAGAGAGGCCGUAUUUCUCACACCGUGAUCAUGCACACAAGGGAGCAGUGGUCGGGUAGGGAAAGGUUUUGAUGAUUGUCGUGAGGAACAAGACUUGAAAAUAUCAGUCGUAAGGUGGGUCUGAUCAGAUCAACUUUUAUUUUGUGAGAUGGGGAAUUUGGGGAGGGGCUGGUGGAGAGAGACGAGUGGACAUCAUUUGAUAUGUAUUUUCUAAAUUUAUAAUAUUAUUGAGUGCAGUGCCUAAUUUCACCUGUAAACACAUGAAUUUACUCAAGUUUCUCAAUUUUCACUAUUGUUACUUGAGGAUACACUUGAGCAGCUUGUAGGAUCUGAAUAAUUUAUUCUGAAUAUUAAGAAUGAAUUCAAACAUUUUAGGGACAUUGACAUUGUUAAUGCAGCAUAUAUAUAUAUUGUUUUUUAAACUGGAACUUCUGGUUCCUGACCUUGUUCUUCUACUCCGAUAAUCCAAAGUCCAAUAGUUAUUCUGUUCCGUGGAUACACUGAUGAAAUGUUAAUCUCAGGCUCCUAUAUAUGUCGCAAAGGCUUUUUUCUUUUGCACGGAAGUGCCUGAUAGAAUGAUAGUAAUGUCUAAAGUGUGGUGAAACAAACCAGACUGUGGAACACAUCCUCCAGCAGUGUAAGACACACACAGCCCUGAGACAUGAAAUAUGGCCAACGCCGUCAAUACUACUGGAGAAACUGUACAGGGAAACAGAGGGUCCAAGCAGAAUAGAGUGUAUACUAUAAUAGAUAAUAGAUAACCAGUCUUCAGGUGCGAUGGGAUAAGCAGAAAAUUGAUAUUAGUUAUAACAAUUUAGGGUUUGAUGAUGAUGAUGAUAUUAGAAUUGCUAUGAAGGGUUAACAUGUGCAGUUUGAAGCUUUCAUUCUCAUCAGACUGGAGGAGCUAAUACGUCUUUUAUUUCUUUUAUUAAAUGUUUUUCUCUUUGUAGUUUGAGGCCUACUGUUUUGAGCCGUAGUUUGUACAUUUUAUAUCAUGUGAAGAGAGUAGUUUAACAUAGUUAUAUUACUCAUCAAACAGACUUCUGACUUCUCUAACUUUUUUAUUCUAUUAUUUUCCCCGACAGGGACAAAGAUCUUUAUACUUCACUUCUGAAAGCGCACCUCACCAUUUUGUGUACAAAAAUUGAAAAUGUUGCAGGGUUAUAUUACAUAUAUAUAUAUAUAUAUAAUGGAUUUUAUUCCUAAAAGCAUUUCUUGGUUACUGUGUAGGUUUAGUUAUUAUAUUGAUUUUAGUUCAAGAAUCUCAUUUCAAGAAUAUAUAUAUAUAAAUUGAGCUUGGUUGCCUGCCCCUGACUGAGAAAGUUAGAAUCUCACAUGGUUUGGCUAAAGGCAUUAGAAAAAAAAA